AUGAAGUCGACUAUGGAUAAAGCAAACAGGAUAUGCAUCCAUUUCCGAAUGAAUAAUCGCCCCUGGGCAGGGCCUGGACCAGGUGGUCUGGGUACGUCGGGAAAGUCCAGACCAGCCCUAGAGACCGACCGACCGUGGCCGAGAUUGGCAGCCGAACCUCUCGACCACUCACGCCAGGAGGAAAGCAAGUUUGCAAAGAGACAAGGAGGCAGAAAGCAGAAAAAAAGUCUUGCAGAAAUUACCUCGCCGCACAGCUGCUGUGGCCCCCGAAUCUUUAUAGCGCUUAACAUUACGAAACAUUGCUGGACGUCGUUCCAAUUCGUUGCCGUAGACACCCAGAGGCCCCGCGUAGCGACUAGUCUUGCCGGCCCGGGCCCUUCUUCGCAAGGCCCAGGUUAUCACCCAUCACUGCCCCAAGAUGACAGGAGACCGACCGACUUAGACAACGAUGGACGAAACGAACAUGCCAGAGAACAAUCUAAAGCAAUGCGACCUGUCAUCCCCGUCUUUCCUGGCUUCAACAACCUUCCCGAAGAAGCUUCGCCGGGGCCGCGCCACAACUGA